UCACAAGUCACAACCAAAAUUACUUACGGAUUUCCUUCGUUCUAAUCUCAUCGUCUACCUCCUACCUCCACUUUCUCUCCCUUAGGGUUAGGGUUUUCAAUCCCACAGAAAUCAAAUUUCAAUGGCGUCAACAAGGAAGAUAACACUCAAGAGUUCAGAUGGUGAAACUUUUGAGGUCGAAGAAACGGUUGCUUUGGAAUCGCAGACGAUCAAGCACAUGGUUGAAGACGAUUGCGCUGAUAAUGUGAUCCCUUUACCGAAUGUUAGCAGCAAGAUCCUAGCUAAGGUCAUUGAGUACUGUAAGAAGCAUGUCGAUUCUCCUAAACCCUCUGAUACCACCGCCACCGCUACCGCUACCGCUACCGCCACCGCCACCGAUCGUCAGGUUGAUGACGAACUCAAGAGUUGGGAUGCUGAUUUCGUUAAAGUUGACCAGGCUACCCUCUUCGAUCUCAUCCUUGCUGCCAACUACCUGAAUAUUAAGAGCUUGCUGGACUUGACUUGUCAAACUGUUGCCGACAUGAUCAAGGGAAAGACACCCGAGGAGAUCAGAAAGACGUUCAACAUCAAGAACGACUUCACCCCGGAGGAAGAGGAGGAGGUUCGCAGGGAGAAUCAAUGGGCCUUUGAAUGAUGUUCAUGGCACAGAACUGAUGCAAUCAAACUUAUGGGAAAGAUGAUGUUCAUGGGCACAGAAGAGAAUCAAAUUUAUGGGAAGGAUGUGUUUGGUUAUUCUAUGAACAUGUCACUGUUUUUAUGCAUCUUGUAGUUGAUAUUGUCCAGACUUGAUCUCAUCUGUAUUCUCCUCUCUUUAGAAUACAAUCUUCAAUUAUGAGACGAAGAUGGAUUGUAAAUAAUAGUAGUCUUUUGGAGGGUGGCUGCUAGUGGGUGCUUGCUUGUUACUGUUGGUAUGCCCCAUUUUCAUACAAUCACACCUUCUAUCGUGUAAUCAUUUAUGGGAUUUGUUGAGUACUUUGCCUUAAAAACAUAUGUAUCUGAUUUCUGUGAGACUAAGCUAUUACGAGUUCUUGCUGCA